AACUAUUGAGAGACGCGCGCGCGGGGCCAGAGAGAGCGCCCCGCGAUUGUUUGUUACCCGUUUUUAAUCCUAUUAAUUAAAACGUUAACCUGAUUGGGUAGCCAGCGCGGCCAUUCCCAACAGGCGAGUGAGUCUUCUCCAUAAGAACCUACUCAGAGAUAAUGAUGUAAAAGAAAAAAAAAAAAAAGAAAGACUCCCCCGUCUUGCGGAUAGGGCCGGGAAAGCUCCAGAAGGUGAAGCCAAAAAAAAAAAAAAAAAAAAAAAAAAAAAAUUAAGACAGCCAGAUCCACCGUGCAGCAGCGAACGCGGAGCUGAAGGCAGAGCGGGUCUCUCCAUCCACUCCACUCCCCGCGCGCGCGCGCCCAGCCAGCCUUCCAUCAUGCGGGGUAACGGUCCAUGGUAAGCCCCAGCAGCGGGCACCGUCGGCUGGAGACGAAGAAGACGAAGAAGAGGAGGAGGAGGCGGCGAGCGCGGGGGAAGGCGAAGAAGAAAAAGAAGGAGAGCGAGAUAGAGAGACAGAGCGAAAGCGGCUAACGGUACCCGGAGCGACGCGCGCGCAACGGAGGAGCCCAGCUUGGGCGCGUGUGCGCAUCGCGGGCGCUGCCUGGGAACCCCGGGAGCCGGCGAAUCCGGGUUCGGAACCGGCCACUAUGGAGCGUGGGCUGCAUUUGGGCUCGGCAGCGACAGCCACCGUGGGGGACGACGACCUAUUCCUGCACAAGAGCCUGAGCGCAGCCGCCACCGCUAAGCGCCUGGAGGCGGCUUUCCGCUCCACGCCGCCGGGCAUGGACCUGUCCCUGGCUCCGCCACCCACGCGGGAGCGCCCCGCGUCCUCUUCAUCCUCGUCGCCUCCGCUGGGCUGCUUCGAACCCGCAGACCCCGAGGGUGCGGGGCUGCUGCUGCCACCGCCUGGGGGUGGAGGAGGCGGCGGUGGCGCCGGGGUGGGCAUCCCGGGGCUGCUCGUGGGCUCCGCGGGCGUGGGGAGCGAGCCCAGCUUGAGCAGCCUCCCCGCCGGAGCCGCCUUAUGCCUCAAAUACGGGGAGAGCGCAAAUCGGGGUUCGGUGGUGGCGGAGAGCAGCGGAGGGGAGCAGAGCCCCGAUGAUGACAGCGACGGCCGCUGUGAGUUGGUCCUCCGGGCUGCAGCCGGAGGCGCAGACCCCCGGGGGUCCUCGGGCGCCGGAGGAGUGGGCGGCGGUGCCAAGGCGAUUGAAAGCUGCUCCAACGCGCAUCUCCAAGGCGGCGGCUCCAGCGUCCCCACGGGGGUCUCCGGAGGAGCCGGCAGCGCGGGCAGCAGCAGCAGCGGUGGCAGCAAGAAAUCCAAAGAGCAGAAGGCUUUGAGGCUGAACAUCAACGCCCGGGAGAGGCGAAGGAUGCACGACCUGAAUGAUGCCCUGGACGAGCUGCGCGCCGUUAUCCCUUACGCGCACAGUCCCUCGGUGCGCAAGCUCUCCAAAAUCGCCACGCUGCUGCUGGCUAAAAACUACAUCCUCAUGCAGGCGCAGGCCCUGGAGGAGAUGCGACGCCUCGUCGCCUACCUCAAUCAAGGCCAGGCCAUCUCAGCCGCCUCCCUGCCCAGCUCCGCAGCCGCAGCCGCCGCCGCCGCCGCCCUGCACCCCGCGCUGGGCGCCUACGAGCAGGCGGCCGGGUACCCGUUUAGCGCGGGGCUCCCUCCGGCUGCGUCCUGCCCGGAGAAGUGCGCCCUGUUUAACAGCGUCUCCUCCAGCCUCUGCAAACAGUGCACGGAGAAGCCUUAACUCCCUGCCCCCACCCCCAUGCACCCCAUCAGCAUCCCGAAAGAAAAUAAAAAGGA